AUGACAAUGAAAAUGAGUGGCACUGAAAUCCAGAAACACUUCAAGACGCUUAAAGGAACCAUUGCUAUUACUUCGAUAGAAGAUGGCGAUGGUAGCCACGUGGUAUGGACAUUCGACUUCGAGAAGGUUCACAAAGACAUCGAUGAUUCACAUUCCAUCAUCGACGAAACUGUCAAGUACCUAAAGGAGUUGGAUGAGGUUCUUCUUAAAUUUCACGAAUAA